ACUUAGCAGUAUUUUUCUCUGUUUUGGUAAAAUUAUAUUGUUGAUAAUGUUGGCAGAAGGAAAUCUGAAGACGGCAAUGGUUGUGUAGAAGAGGAAAUUUCUGUAGGCAUUGAUAAAUUGUGUGGCAAAGCAACUCCUGUUAACAUUCCCUCUUCUAAACAACCAUUAAAAGUACAAGAGCUUUUUUUUUUUUUUUUUCAGUUUUCGAUUCUGGCAACCCUGGCAUUGUUUUCCUUUUAUUACCCAUCCCUAAAUAUUCCAACAAGAUAGGAAAUGAGCAAUUAACUUUUGUACGGACAUGUUCUUUGUUGCCUUUUACUUUCGAAAUGCAUAGUAUAUAUUUUCCAAUAAAUACUAUGAAAUUGAUGGUAGCACUGAUUGAAGACAUACAGAAAAAAGGGAUAAAUAUGGAGAAAUCUCUUAAGAUAAGACUAAUCUGUAAACAGCAAAAGGGUGGUAACUCAUUUUACAUUUACAAAAUAUGUACUGAUAUGAAAUUUACAGUACAAUCUUGAGUAUGUCUAUUUAGAAGUAAGUUCCUAAGGUCUAUAAAAGAUCUGCUCUCACUUGACUGUUUGUGUAACUGAACUGUCUUCCCAUUCCCUUCCUCUCCACCCAAAGACUUCUCCAGUUGUAGAACAGCAGAAGGGAAGGGAGUAUAAUCCUAACCUUAUAGUUCUGUUGAGUGGAGGAGAUUAAUCAGAAGAAACAUCUCUUUGGAUUUUGGCCUUUGAAUUCAUUAUGGCAUAAGUUUGUAGCUUUACCCUAAAUCAGCAGCAAGUCUGGAGGCCAGUUGUCUGCCCUUUGGACCUUGGGACUGCAGAAAUCGCCAAAAUUACUCCCCAAGUCAAAACCAGAAGUGGCUGGAAGUCAGCCUUGGUGUAAGAACAACUAGGGUUUUUUAUAUAUCAAACAGUAUCAGGACAUGUGGAUGUAUGCAACAUUUAAAACUGAAAUGACUGUUCUGAAAGGCCUCCAGGAAAUUAACUUGACUUCCUUGGGUAGAUACAGGGAACGCCAUGGAUGUAGCAUAUCUGGAUUUUAGUAAGGCCUUCGACAAGGUCUCCCAUGGCCUUCUUGGCAGACAAACUAGUCAAAUGUGGGCUAGGCAAUCUGUAAUUGGUUAAGUGAACGAACCCAAACCGUGCCCAUCAAUGCUUCUUCUUCAUCUUGGAAAGAAGUGAUGAGUGGAGUGCUGCAGGGUUCUGUCCUGGGCUCGGUUCUGUUCAACAUCUUUAUUAAUGACUUAGAUGAAGGGCUAGAAGGCAUGAUUAUCAGGUUUGCAGAUGACACCAAAUUGGGAGGGAUAGCUAAUACUCCAGAAGACAGGAGCAGAAUUCAAAAUUACACUAACAGUUUAGAGAGAUGGGCUGAAAGUAACAAAAAAACAAACAAAAACAAAAUGAACUUCAACAGGGACAAAUGAAAGAUACUCUACUCGAGCAGAAAAAAUUAAAUGUAGAUACAGACUGGGGGAUGCCUGGCUUGAUAGCAGUACGUGUGAAAAAGAGAUUGGAUUCCUCGUGGAAAACAAGUUAAACAUGAGCCUACAAUGCGAUGCGGCAGCAAAAAAAAAAAAAGCCAAUGGGAUUUUGGCCUGUAUCAAUAGGAGUAUAGUAUCUAGAUCCAGGGAAGUCACGCUACCCCUCUAUUCUGCCUUGGUCAGACCACACCUGGAAUACUGUGUCCAAUUCUGGGCACCACAAUUGAAGGGAGAUGUUGAUAAGCUGGGAUGUAUCCAGAGGAGAGCGACUAAAAUUAUCAGGGGUCUGGAGAACAAGCCCGGUGAGGAGUGGCAUGUUUAGCCUGCAGAAGAGAAGGCUGAGAGGAGACGUGAUGGCCAUGAAUAAAUAUGUGAGGGGAAGUCAUAGGGAGGAGGUAGCAAGCUUGUUUUCUCCUGCCCUGGAGACUAGGAUUCAAACUACAGAAAAGGAAAUUCCACCUGAAUAUUAGGAAGAGCUGUUUGACAUUAGAACUCUCAGCCUCGGAAUGUGGCAAAGGCUUCUUCUUUGAAGGUUUUUAAGCAGAAGCUGGAUGGCCAUCUGUCGGGGGUGCUUUGAAUGUGAUUUUUCUGCUUCUUGACGGGGUUGGACAGGAUGGUCCACAAGGUUUCUUCCAACUAUGAUUUUAUGAAAGCAAAUUUUGAGUAGAGGCAAAAAGGGGGUGUGUGGAUAGCCACAAAAAGAGCCUUGGAGAACUUCACUUUAUUCUACACUUGUUUAAAUAAUAUUACUAGGUACAAUUUGAAAGGGAUUUUGUUUAAUAAAGAGUUGCUUAGUUUGCUUAGUUUUUCCUUGCUCCUGUUCUAGUACAUCAAGUUAAAUUGCUUUGGUUGUAUUUCUAAUGAGAAAUCAUUGCCUAGCUCUCUCAUCCAUGGAGUACAUUUGUAGAAUAUUUUGAACUGUGCAUCUUUUUCAUUGCUUCAACAUACGGAUAUCUACAAACAAUCAUGAGCUUUAUUUCCUCAGAGUUUUUCAAUUUUUGGUAGUGUGUACAGCUAAAAUCAUGCAUAUUGAGGCCAUUUCUAUGGAAAACAUUUUAUGAUUUGCUUCAGUCUCUCAAUACUUGUAUAAACAGCCACUUUCAAAUUUAGUGCCAUAUGCCUUAUGUUGCAUAAUACAAAACCACUUUGGGGUAAUAGUGCAGUUACCAGGUUUGCAGAUGACACCAGAUUAUACAUGAUAGUAAAAGUAAAAAGACACUAAAACUGUAGGAUGAUAGCUCCACAAUGUGUAAGGAAAUAAAAGUGUUGUAUCUUGAGUUGCCUGUGGGAAACCUACCAACAGGACAUGAGUACAGCUGGAACCUCUGUCUUCUUUACGGCAACUACUAACAUACAGAGAGUACUUUAUUGCUAUGUUAGUUGCUGUAAUGUGCAAAAUGGAAUAUAGAAGUGAUAUCAGUGGUAAUAUAUAGCCAGCCCUGACCAUGGGUGACCUACAUCAUCCAUACAGGACAAGAUCCCUCAAUAGAAUUAAAAAAAAAAACUUCUAAAACCAUAUGUAGGCCCAUGACUCCAAUACUUUUUUGCCUGAUUAAAAAACCAGUAGGGCUUUAAAAGCUUGCAAUGUGCAUUUUAUGUAUUUUGGCUGACCAAUAAGGCAUCACUUUUGUGGAUACUAAGUCUCCUGGUUUUUAAAUUCCUUAAAAUUUGGCUGCUGUCAUUUCUAGUCCAGUUAGACAAAAAAAUACUUUAAUAUUAACCAGAAAGUCUAUAUAUAAUAAUAAUAAUAAUAUAAUAACUUUAUUUUUAUACCCCGCCCCAUCUCCCCGAAGGGACUCGGGGCGGCUUACAUGGGGCCUAGCCCAAUAAAACAAUCAAAUAUCAAUGAUACAACAAUAAAACAAUUAUACCAAUAAAACCUCAAUUAUCAGUAAAACAAUCGAUAAAAUCGACAUGAUGCAUACAAUAUUAAAACAGAAGACUAAUUCAUAAAACCCAGUACAGAAUGUAUAUAAAAGGAUAAAGUUGUUUGCACAGUGACUAUAACAACAAAACUAAACGUCCCAGAAAUACGAAACUUGGCAACACAAUGCAAAAGCCUUGCCUCCCGGUUACAACAACACAACCACACCACAAAACCACAAUCUGGACCCACAAAACUCACAACAACACAUCGUGACUAUAACAACACAACUAAACACCCCAGAAAUACAAAACUUGGCAACACAAUGCAAAAGCCUUCCCUCCCGGUUGCAACAACACAACCACACCACAAAACCACAAUCCGGACCCACAAAACUCACAACAACGCAUCAUGACUAUAACAACACAACUAAACGCCCCAGAAAUACGAAACUUGGCAACACAACGCAAAAGCCUUCCCUCUCGGUUGUAACAACACAACCACACCACAAAACCACAAUCCGGAUGCACAAAACUCACAACAACUCAUUGUGACUAUAACAACACAACUAAACUGGAUGGCCAUCUGUCUGAGGGGUUUGGGUGGGGUCUUCCUCCAUGACAAAAAGAAAGAAAGGGGUUGGACUGGAUGCAAACUACAAAUCCCAGCACCCCAUGGCAUGGAGUCCAUGCAUUUUAAUAAGAGGCCUCUUCUCCCUUUCUCCGCCAUCCAACCCACUGACCCAGUUCCAUGGCUCCGCAGGCAGGAAAGGCUGGGACGGAUAGAACGAAGGAAGGAGGGAGGGAAGGGAAGCGAAGGAACGCCAAGGACAAGAGCCCUCCCUCUUUGCCCAAGAGCAAAAGGGAGAGAAAGACCAUUGAUCCGGUUAUAUUUACCCUCCUUUCUGACCAGUGUUUUCUUAUCGGCGAGCUCAGGAUCGGAGCAGAGAAAGGGAACCAAGGAGAGCACCCACUCUAUCUAUCCAUCCACUCACCCACUAAUAAUAAACACCUACACAGGCAAGAAUCAGCCAUGCACUGAGGCUACAAGGCCAUUCAGUGCUCAUCCACCUCCCCAAUCCCUACAUUCACACUUGGCCUCCAAAAAACCAAUUACAAUAAUAACAGUGACAACAACAACAAUAAGAAUCAACACCAUCACAGGCAAGAAGCAGCCACGCACUGAGGCUGAGAGGCCAGUCAGUGCUACACUGGGCCUCCUAAAAACAAUACAGUAGCAUCUAACUUAUCCAACUUUCAUGACCACAACCACAACCACAACAACAAUAAUAAACACCUACACAGGCAAAAAAAAAAAGUCUAUUGUACCACAAUAAAAACAUAAACUGCACUCAGCAGAAUCAGACAUCACGAUUAACAACAAACCAAAGACAACAGGGAUCUCAAGCAAUUAUCAAUCAACACAAAAAUUGAAGAAGGUAACAGACUUCAAAUACUACUACUAAUGUGAGUAUAAAGAAGGGUGGAGGUCACAGCAUAAAUGCAACCUAAUGUAGACUGACCAACACCACCAGACUAAGCCACAGCAACGUGUGGUCAGGCACAGCUAGUAACUUAUAAAGAGCCCCGGUGGCGAAGUGGGUUAAAGCACUGAGCUGCUGAACUUGCAGACCGAAAGGUCCCAGGUUCAAACCCCGGGAGCGGCAUGAGCGGCCUCUGUUAGCUCCAGCUUCUGCCAACCUAGCAGUUCGAAAACAUGCCAAUGUGAGUAGAUCAAUAGAUACCGCUUCGGCGGGAAGGUAACGGCGCUCCAUGCAGUCAUGCCGGCCACAUGACCUUGGAGGUGUCUACGGACAACACUGGCUCUUUGGCUUAGAAAUGGAGAUGAGCAUUAACCCCCAGAGUCAGACAUGACUGGACUUAACGUCAGGGGAAACCUUUACCUUUAACUUAUAAAGGGAGAGGUUGUCUCAAUCUUUUGUGGUUGUUAUAUGCCUUCAAGUUGAUUCCUGUUUAUAGCAACCAAGUUCACUAUAAACUGAAAGCAGCUCAAAGGUACACAAGAACAAUUCCUUCGUACAAUUUAUUCAGAUAAGAUACUCCAUUCCUCUAAUAUUUGGAGAGUCAUCCAGUGGGUUUCCAUGAGAGAUUUGCACCCAGAUUUGCUCAUUGAAUCCAAGCUCAACAUUCAUAAGAAUUGUACCAUAUCUAGCCUUUGUCUAUCAUUGCUUUGUUUGUUAACUUAAUGUAUAUGCAUGCAAGCAAACUGGAAAUACCGCCUUGAUUUCUUGGUUAGGAGAAGUCGAUUCAAGGACAGGCCGCAUUGGUUUAUCAUAAAUAUCCCUUUUUCAAAAGAGACUUGUCAUGGAGAUUGUUGUUUAAGAAAAUGCCCAAGGGAGUUUUGGGCCAGUCUUCUAGAUACGCUACAUUUCAGAUUGUUGUAAUAUAGAAAGUAUUUGCAUUUACAUAAGAAGUGAGAAUCAUUUAAAAUGUAUUUGGCUUCAUGAAAAAGCCCUUAGGCAAACGAAAAAGGCAAAACAUUUUAAAAUCUAAGAUUGAAAUGAUAAUUUCGUCCUCCAAAAUACAAUUUGGAUCUUGGCUAUAUGAAAAUUACACCAGACACUAUCAUUAUAAGCUAAAUCUCCAUCCAGAAUCUGUUUCCUCCUGACAAUUAUAUGGCUAGCAUUUCAUAAAAUAAGUAUUUUUUAGUAGCAAGAAUUGGCUGUUGGAAACAUACCAUGAUUAGAGAUCACGUUUGUUCUUUUAAAAUAUCACAGCCCAGAUGAGAUAUUAGAACGUAAUGAAAAAUGUGAUUAAAUCAAUCUCUUUUUACUGAAGAAUGUUCCUAUAUAGGGAAUAUUAUGCCACGGGGAACAUGGAGCUGCUAUCACACCAAUCUGGAGCUUUGUUAAGCAUAGAAGUCGGCCCAUGCAUAUUAUUACAUAUGAUUAUCAUAAAAUUAUGGACUAGAAAUUGAAGAGUCAUGCUGUUGCAUUUUAGACAGCAUAUUUGUAAUAAGCUGUAAUAAAGUAAACAUUUGAAUGGCUAUAAGAAUAGGCUUUGCUUGUGAUCACAAAUGUGUAUUCAAUUGAAAUGGUUUUGAAGCUCAAUUUAACAAAGCAAACACAUUUUCUGGCAGUAUUAGCAUAAUUGUUCCCAGUGUUGAAUUCUCAUUUAAAUUUUAAAAACUUGUAUAAAGCUAGCUGCUGGGAAGCUUGGCAGAAUGGAAAAAUACUGUUUCAAGAACAUAGCAUUGCACUGUUGUAUGGUCUGUUAAGUAGGUAAAGAAUGUGUCAAAACAUGCUUUACCCUACGUAUCAUGUCAUUUGCUUCUAUGUAGUGACCUUUUAAAGAUAUAUAGCACUAUAUUAUAUUUCCUGCAAUAUAUAUCACAAAGCCAUGAUUGAUCACACAGACUAUCAGUUGAAGCAUGUCACUUGGUCCUUGCAGCUAUAUCAGUAUAUAUGGAUCUGCAAGCAAGACUUUGCAAUAUUUACUCAAUAAUUUAUAUUAUCUAUUUCUUUAAUACAUGUAAAGUGGGUGCUGGUUUCUAAGCAAAUAUGAAUAGGGGCAAUGUAUCAGUUCACAAGAAAGAUGUAAUAGACCAAUAUAUAAUGAUGUAGUUGUAAGUAAGGAGCAAAGACACAUGCUUUUGGAGGGGAACAAUAAGGAUGGGAAUUGGGUAAAUCUGGCUAUUUUGUAUCUGAUUUAAUGGAUACCUGCACUUACAUUUUAAUUGAUAUCCUCAAUUACUUUAAUUAACAAAAGUGUUUUUCUCUGUGUGAUUACAGCAACAUCUAAUGCAUGUCUACCCCGAAACAAGACUUUCUGAGUUACAGGGGAUUACAGUGUUAAUAAUAAUAAUAAUAAUAAUAAUAAUAAUAAUAAUAAUAAUAAUAAUUUGUUGGAAACGAAAGCUAUGGACUUGUCAACAUCAGGAGAAGCAUUUUCCAGGGAGACUCAUUGUCCCCUCUGCUUUUCGUUAUUGCCAUAAUCCCUCUAUUAACAAUCUUACAAAAAACAAAUCUCUGUUAUCAAACAUCUAAGAAAUCUCACAAAAUUUCACAUCUGAUGUACAUGGAUGACCUAAAGCUGUAUGGGAAAACGGAAAUUGAAAUCCAGUCUCUGACCAACACUGUCAGAAUUUUUAGCACUGAUAUCAACAUGGAGUUUGGUUUGGACAAAUGUUCAACAGUGGCAUUGAAGAAGGGAAAAAUCAUUGAAAGUGAGGGCAUAAAUAUGCCUAAUGGCCAAACAAUAAAGUGUCACCAGCCAGAGGCCUAUACAUAUCUGGGCAUAUUACAGCUGGACAAUAUCAAGCAUGAACAUGUGAAAACUGUGGUCAGCAAAGAAUACACACAAAGGGUCAGAAAAAUUCUCAAAAGCAAGCUCAAUGGAGAUAACAUCAUCAAGGCCACAAACACCUGGGCCAUACCUGUCAUAAGAUAUACUGCUGGCAUUAUAAAUUGGACACAGGUGGAACUGGACAAUUUGGACAGAAAAACAAGAAAACUCAUGACCAUUCAUCAUUCACUGCACCCUCGCAGUGAUGUUGACUGGCUAUAUCUGCCUAGAAGAUCAGGUGGCAGAGGACUCUUACAAGUAAAACAAGCAGUCAAAGAAGAAGAACAUGCCCUGACAGAAUAUGUAAAGCAAAGUGAAGAACCUGCUUUGAUUGAAGUCAAAAAUCAGACACUCCUCAAAACACAGCAGACAAAAAACCAGUACAAGAAAACUGCACUACAAACUAGAGCUGACAACUGGCACAACAAAACACUGCAUGGAAUGUUCCUUGACAAAAUUGAAGAAAAAGCUGAUAAGGAGAAGACCUGGCUAUGGCUCACGAAUGGGACACUGAAGAAGGAGACAGAAGGCCUGAUCCUUGCAGCCCAGGAGCAAGCCAUCAGAACAAAUGCAAUUAAGGCCAAGAUCGAAAAAUCAGCUGAUGACCCAAAAUGCAGACUCUGCAAGGAAACCAACGAAACCAUUGAUCAUAUCCUCAGCAGCUGUAAGAAAAUUGCACAGAUAGACUACAAACAGAGGCACAACUAUGUGGCCCAAAUGAUUCAUUGAAACGUAUGCCUCAAGUACCACCUCCCAGCAGCAAAGAACUGGUGGGAUCACAAACCUGCAAAGGUCGUGGAAAAUAAACACACAUAGAUACUGUGGGACUUCCGAAUCCAGACUGACAAAGUUCUGGAAGACAACACACCAGACAUCAUCACAGUAGUGGAAAAGAACAAGGUUUGGAUCAUUGAUGUCGCCAUGCCAGGUGACAGUCGCAUUGAUGAAAAACAACAGGAAAAACUCAGCCGCUAUCAGGACCUCAAGAUUGAACUACAAAGACUCUGGCAGAAACCAGUGCAAGUGGUCCCGGUGGUGAUGGGCACACUGCGUGCCAUGCCAAAAGAUCUCAGCCGGCAUUUGGAAACAAUAGACAUUGACAAAAUUACGAUCUGCCAACUGCAAAAGGCCACCCUACUGGGAUCUGCAUGCAUCAUCCGAAAAUACAUCACACAGACCUAGACACUUGGAAAGUGUUCUACUUGUGAUUUUGUGAUAUGAAAUCCAGCAUAUCUAUCUUGUUUGCUGUGUCAUACAACGUCGUUGUGUCAAUAAUAAUAAUAAUAAUAAUAAUAAUAAUAAUAAUAAUACAAACUAGAGCUGACAGCUGGCACAACAAAACAUUGCAUGGAAAGUUCCUUGACAAAAUUGAAGGAAAAGCUGAUAAGGAGAAGACCUGGCUAUGGCUCACAAAUGGGACCCUGAAGAAGGAAACAGAAGGCCUGAUCCUUGCAGCCCAGGAGCAAGCCAUCAGAACAAAGGCAAUUAAGGCCAAGAUCGAAAAAUCAGCUGAUGACCCAAAAUGCAGACUGUGCAAGGAAACAGACAAAACCAUUGACCAUAUCCUCAGCUGCUGUAAGAAAAUUGCACAGACAGACUACAAACAGAGGCACAACUAUGUGGUCCAAAUGAUUCAUUGGAACUUAUGCCUCAAGUACCACCUCCCAGUAGUAAAGAACUGGUGGGAUCACAAACCUACAAAAGUAUUGGAAAAUGAGCAUGCCAAGAUACUGUGGGACUUCCGAAUCCAUACUGACAAAGUUCUGGAACGCAACACACCAGACAUCACAGUUGUGGAGAAGAAAAAGAUUUGGAUCAUUGAUGUCGCCAUCCCAGGUGACAGUCUCAUUGACAAAAAAACAACAGGAAAAACUCAGCCGCUAUCAGGACCUCAAGAUUGAACUUCAAAGACUCUGGCAGAAACCAGCGCAGGUGGUCCAGGUGGUGAUCGGCACAUUGGGUGCCGUGCCAAAAGAUCUCAACAGGCAUUUGGAAACAAUAGGCGUUGACAAAAUUAUGAUCUGCCAACUGCAAAAGGCCACCCUACUGGGAUCUGCGUGCAUCAUCCAAAAAUACAUCGCAAAGUCCUAGACACUUGGGAAGUGUUCGACUUGUGAUUUUGUAAAAUGAAAUCCAGCAUAUCUAUCUUGUUUGCUGUGUCAUACAAUAAAAUAAUAAUAAUAAUAAUAUUUUUAUGACAUCUGAAGAUGGAGGCCACAAAUGCAAGCAAAACAUCAGGAGAGAGUGCUACUGGUACUUUGCCAUGCAGCCUGAAAAACUCUCAGGAACCCAAUAAGUUUAUUUCUUCCCUGCUUCUCCUCGCGAUGGGGCACAACAUGGUUAAAACACUUCAUAAAACAUAUGUAAAAUGCUUAUAUUAGAACAUAUUUCUGUGAAAUACAUAUAUUAAAAUACACAGAACAAAGAUUAAAAUACAGUAAACAUAGCACAUGAGUUUAAAAGUCAUAGUUAAACAUUGGCUGGGUAGGCCUGCCGGAAGAGAUGGGCCUUCAAUUGUCUCGUAAGUCCCGACAGCUGAUUUAGUCUUUAGCGUGAUGCGGGUCUAUUUUUAAAAUUGAAGAGUGGAUAUAAAUGAUAAUUCCUUUAUAAGAACAGUCUUGCCGAGUUUGACAUGGCAACAAUGUUAUGUCCUAUACCAGUGCUUUUUAAGAUAAUUAAUGUGGGGAACUAACAAUUCCCCCCCCCCCCCCCAUAAUGAGUCCAUUUAUCAUGUUGCCUCCCUCUUAAUUUUACUACGCAACUUAGACUGCAGUCCUAUACCUUACUGUCUAGAGAUAAGCCCCAUUGGAAUCAGUGGGACUUAGCUACUCAGUGGUUUUGUAUAGAUUUGUGCUAUAGAUGAGUUCACUGUGUAUGAACUGAUUGGGGUCAAUAGUGGUCACGUAAAUGAUACAGGAAAGAACCAACUUACUAUUUCUUCUCCGCCCCUUUUCUUUUGCGUUCAAACUAAUUGUGGUAACUUGUCAUUGUUUGAACUGAUCAGCAAUUUCUCUUAGAAAUAUACAUUUUGGUCAUUGCAUUGUUAGAUGUGAACAUUUUCUGGAAAAAAAAUCUUCCAGAUUGCCAAUGAAUGGCCAAGCAAGUACACAGAUUGUUAAUAACUGCUUAAUUGUCAUAGUCAAAUGGAGCAACCACAUAAUUUUCUGCUAUUUUCAUCCUCAGAACACAACAAGAAUGAUAAAUCGAUGACAAAGCCUUGCAAAGAUUGCUGGCCUCUGAAAGUCUUUGCCUAAAGUAGCGGCUCUUCCCCUUUCUCUCCCUUGAGCAGGUGGUUCGCUAACAACCUUUUCCUGCUUCAACAGGAAUGAUGUGUAUUAAUACCAUUUUCCUUGGCAGCUCCUGCCAGUUAAUAUUCAUUUCCAAGCCAUUACACGGCCUUGAGUUUCUUCCUGUGUUUAAGCAUAUUCACUGUGGAUUAGAAAAGGAUGUUGUCUUUUCCUGAGUGUGAUGAUUAUGUCCAUGGUUGUGAAACAUCUGUUUGAGGAAUGCUUUUCUCACAUAUAGAGAAGUGUGUAACGUGCUGCAUGGAAGAGGAUUACGGAAAGUGGAAAGAAAGACCCAUCAGGGAGUUAAUCAUGCAGACAAGAUAGGAAUGAUUUAAAAAAAAAACUCUUUCAGUGUCUGCAAAGCUGUGUAGAAACCAAACGCUUCCCAAGAUAUCAACAUCUCUGCUAGAAAGAUAAAGUUUCACAGUUCCUCUUUUAGAAAACAGUACCGUUGUCAUAAUAAAAGCUAAGUAAAUUAAUAAUUGUGGUUUCUUAGGCAGAGAGGAGGUGCCUGAAUUUUAAAGGGAAUGCUUUUAUACAAGAGCAAUUAUUUAAAAUAUCAAUUCUAUAUGUCAAUGCAACUAACUUUCAGCUAUGCCCUAGUCAAUGAACAGUUCCUUCAAAACAAAACCUGUGUUGUAGCAGUAAAAUGCUUUGUAAAAAAUCUUUAAAAAUUGCAAAUUGACACUAUAGCAAUAGACAAUGUAGUUGCUGGUGAAAUUGAAAUGUCCAGUCUUGUUUGUAAAGGGAAGAUACAUCUGAAGUACAGCCUUGGGCAUGGCAUAGGCUAUUCUUUUCUUCGGCUGUAGCACAACGAAUGGCAAUGAAUGCAAUCAUAACAUGGAUCUUGUUCAGGAAAACGAAAUGUUCUCUACAACUGGAGAAUAUUUCUAGUUACCAUAGUUACUCGGAAAUUUUCAAUGGCUGAGAAGAUGCACAGGGUAUCCUGCCUGAAACAAACAGGAAGUUUAUUAUCUAAACAGUAAAACAAUAACAUGCUUAAUAGUAAAAUUCAUAUAAAUAUAUGAAUAAAAUAGAAACCAUUGGCCUUUGUUUGGCAUUUUUUUAAAACUAAGCUACAAGGGGAACAUCCAUACUAGCUCAAAAGCAUGAAACAGGCAUUAAUAGGGCACUUACUAGCAUUAUAUCAUGUAACAUUGGUAGGUAAAGGUAAAAGUUUUCCACUGACAUUAAGUCUGGUUGUGUCCAACUCUGGGGGUAGGUGCUCAUUUCCAUUUCUAAGCCGAAGAGCCAGCAUUGUCCAUAGACUCCUUCAAGGUCAUGUGGCCGGCAUGACUGCAUGGAGCGCCGUUACCUUCCUGCCAGAGUAGUACCUAUUGAUCUACUCACAUUUGGAUGUUUUCGAACUGCUAGGUUGGCAGAAGCUGGGGCUAACAGAGGGAGCUCACCCCGCUCCCCGGAUUUGAACCACCAACCUUUUGGUCAGUAAACUCAGCGGUUUAACCCACUGUGCCAUCGGGGGUAACAUUGAUACCAACCUAAAAACAAUGGCGCUCUUGAGCAAGCCUGCAUAUAUUGUCAUUACUAUCGCUACCAUAAUUACUCCUGGUACAUUUAUUACUAUUUGUUGGGCAUCUAUUUCUUUGAAAAGACUUUUGUAUUCACUAGAAUACAAAAAAUAGGCACAGAGAGAAAAUUCUGUGUUAACUGAAAAUUUAAAUCAGAGGCCCUUAUUUGUUUGCCUAUGUUUAUGGUCCAUAUGCCCUCCUAUUCCUUCUGUGCUACUCUCUUUUUCCAUUCCCACAGCCAAAAGAUAAUAGAUGCACCCAAGUAUGUAUGUCUUCUACUAGGUUUGGCUGAAUUUUGCUGGGUUGUUAUAUACCUGGGCUCCUUUGUGCCUCUUGUGCAGUCGUACUGUUCCGAGCUUGAGGGGAAAUAGAAUGUCAAUAUUAUGGAUGAUUUUAAAUAUUAGUUUCGGAAGUUCAUUAAUUCAGACAAUAGGAUAAAUUACCUGGUGGUAAAUUAUACACCAUUGUCUUUCAUCAUUUCACUCUCCAUCCUGGAAUGACUCAUUUUAACUUUCCACACUGUAAGUAAUUUGUUUUAAAGGUUCACUCAUUCUAAUUAGAGAAAGUGUAAACUGACAAUAUUUUUAUUCACAGUUUACAACUUAUUAUCCCAUAACUCCAUGGCACACACUUCACUGUCAGAGCUUAGUUGAGUACUUUUGACGGGAGUCCCUCCCAUUCUUAAGUGCGUAUCUAGGUACACACUUUCUUUCUUUUCCCCACACUUACUUUUUGAGUAUGAUAGCUGCAGCGGCUAGAAUACGAACAUCUGUAAACUUUGGUUUUCUUCAUUGCUGUUAUCUGAAUUAUCUCUUCAAAUUCUUCUUCACCAUUUGGAUCAUUUGGAGUCUUUGUGUGAUGAGCUAUUUCUGUAUUUCUGGCUUGUACCUCCAUAUAAUCUUCAAGAUCCUUAUGGCUACAAAACUGUAUUUCAUUAAAAACCAAACUGGGGGCAAACGUCUAAUCACCGACAGCCAUUCCUCUGUGCUUGGGAGAUAUGUACAAGCAAACAUUGUCAUAGUUUCAUUAAGCAAACCCUCUGAUUUUGGGGGUUCUUUACACUUUGGGAGAUGUUAAGAGGAAGAUCUUGCAUCACGUCUUCUCAUCAGCAAGAAUCAGCAACCUCCAUCUAUAAUCUUAGUGUUGUUAUCAAGUUUAUCUACCCCCCGCCCCCAGUAUAAGGAGAGAUCCAUCUCAGAUAAUUUUCAACGAUGGGCCUUAUAGUCCCCCAAAAAGUCAGAAUUCCCUAUCAGUUGUCUUGAACUCUUGGCAAUAUGCAAACAUUUCUUCCCCACACAGCCCUUAUUGUGAACAAUAGCUUAUCAAUUCAUCAAACAGGGAGGACAAAACUUUAGGACCAUGUUGGCCCUAACAUUGAAUGUAUAGGACAGCUACAUCAUUACUUUGGCAGUUCAACUAAUUUGUCCAGGCAUACCUCCACUUCCCUCUUUGGCAGCCUCGGUCAAUCCUCUCAAGUCUCCCUUAAUCUAGGUUUACUCUGGGUUAAAAAAAUACCUGGGAAGCUGCAUACCUUCCCAAGUAUGGGGUGGGGGGUUGACUUUGGGAAUCUCUAUCCACUAUCUCAAGGGUCAGUUCCCACAGCCAUCUCACCUCUUUGGUUUCUGGAAGCCCAGGGGGGAGAUAUGGCAGUGCCACCCCCCCCCCCCCCCACUGCUUUACUUUAAAACAGGCCUGCACAACAAGCGGCUGGGAAAGGGGGACGAUACAUAUAGAGAGGGAGGUCACAUGCAGCACUACAACAAAGUAGCAAUUCGAACCUGCCAUUACCUCUUCUAAACGUUUUACCUCAACACGGUUCCUUUCUGUAUGCACCAAAGUUGUCAAACUAACCUGUGACAAAGAGAGAACCAGCAAUAGAUCCAGUCAGGAUGCUUGAAGUGCUGGUCUCAGUUGGGAACACAGCCUGGGGAAGUUCUUGGAAUCAGGUUGGACUAGUGGGGAGUGGAUUAAACUUUAGGGGGCAUCAGACCUUUAUUCUGGGCAGUUGGAAUCUUGGGCUCCAACUUAUGUUAACAUUUAACAUUAGAUUAGCCGUUUUAGAGGGAGAAGGAGGUGGUACAGAAGAAAGGUCUCCGUUCUUCUGCCGCUUUUCCUUUCUUUUUUCCUCUGUGAGGAAA